GUCAUAGGCGCGAGUGCGACUUGUGCCAUCUGCUGCGAGGCAUUUCGUUUCGUGGCGUCGAUUCAUUUACAGCAAUUUUUGCAGCCCGCCGGGAUCACGAGGAGUGAUUCUAUCGAAGUGAUUAGCCGGGCUACAAUGGCGGAUAAUGAUGAUCUUCUGGAUUACGAAGAUGAGGAACAGACUGAGCAGGUAGUCGACGGAAGCGGAGAUGUUCCUGCUAAGAAGGAGGUGAAGGGCACGUAUGUCUCCAUUCACAGCAGUGGGUUUAGAGACUUCCUUCUCAAGCCGGAGAUUCUUCGUGCCAUUGUCGACUGUGGCUUUGAACAUCCAUCCGAAGUACAACAUGAAUGUAUCCCUCAAGCGGUUCUUGGCAUGGAUAUACUGUGUCAAGCGAAAUCGGGUAUGGGAAAAACAGCCGUAUUCGUAUUAGCUACUCUUCAACAGCUGGAAUUAACGGAGAAUCAAGUCUACGUCUUAGUAAUGUGUCACACUCGAGAAUUGGCUUUCCAAAUCAGUAAAGAAUACGAGAGGUUUAGCAAGUACAUGCCACAUGUAAAGGUUGGCGUAUUUUUCGGUGGUUUACCUAUCCAGAAAGAUGAAGAGGUCUUGAAAACUGUAUGUCCUCAUAUCGUUGUCGGCACUCCCGGUCGUAUCCUCGCCCUUGUACGGAACAAGAAACUGAAUCUGAAACACCUGAAACACUUUAUACUGGACGAAUGCGACAAAAUGCUCGAAUUAUUAGAUAUGCGCCGGGACGUACAGGAAAUAUUCAGAAGCACACCGCACAGCAAGCAAGUCAUGAUGUUCAGUGCCACCCUGUCCAAGGAGAUACGUCCUGUCUGCAAAAAGUUCAUGCAAGAUCCCAUGGAGGUCUAUGUCGAUGACGAGGCAAAGCUCACUUUGAACGGUCUCCAGCAACAUUACGUUAAAUUGAAGGAGAACGAGAAGAACAAGAAGUUGUUUGAACUACUUGACGUUCUUGAGUUUAAUCAGGUUGUCAUAUUUGUGAAGUCUGUACAAAGAUGUAUGGCUUUAGCGCAACUUUUGACGGAACAGAAUUUCCCUGCGAUCGGGAUUCAUCGGGGCAUGACGCAGGAGGAGCGACUGUCCAGAUAUCAACAGUUCAAAGAUUUCCAGAAACGUAUCUUAGUGGCGACAAACUUGUUCGGACGAGGUAUGGAUAUAGAACGUGUCAACAUUGUAUUCAACUAUGAUAUGCCAGAAGAUUCCGACACAUAUCUGCAUAGAGUGGCACGCGCUGGUCGUUUUGGUACAAAGGGUCUUGCUAUUACAUUGGUGAGCGAUGAAAGUGACGCCAAAAUAUUAAAUGAUGUUCAAGAAAGGUUUGACGUAAAUAUUACAGAAUUACCGGACGAAAUCGAUCUCGCUUCAUACAUUGAGGGACGAUGAAUUAAAAUGCACUAAGUCACAAUAUUUUUUAAGGCACAUAAUUUAAUAACGUCUUAUUCCACCUAUUCAUAACACAAGGAUGGGCACCAAAUAAUAAUUACGAUAUAUAAAAGAAAUGUAAUUGCAUUCACUGCAAAAAGUCGUGUUUUGUAUAAGUUUAUCCGCUCUUCUUAAUGAUAUCGAAUACUAUAUAUGAUCGAUUGACGUAAUCGUACCAUAAUAAUACUAAUCUAAUCAUAGCUAUUCUGACAGCCAUACAAUAAAAGCUAUUAAUAAAAAUGUA